UUUUAGAAUGCCAAAAAUGAGUGUGGAAAAAAAAGAAAAGAAGGCAGAAAAAAGAAAAAGGCCAAAGCAAUGUGUGGCCCAAAAGGGAGAGCUGGAAUCAGAAACUGAACCAAAGAAAAAGAAACAAAAUGUGCAGGCAACAAAAGAAGAGGAAGAACUUACUGCAGAGGAAAGGAGGAAACUGGAAAGAAAAUUAAAAAAAGAGCGCAAGAAGAAAGAAAAACAGCUGAUGAGAGAAGCUGGAAUCUCUACUAAAAAGGUGAAGCCCCAAAAGCAGUCGGGAUCUGAGCUGGCUCUCGCCUAUUUAACCAGCUGGUCUGAAAAUCCAGAAGAAUGGAAGUUUAAAAAGGCAAGACAAACCUGGCUUCUCCUGCACAUGUAUGAUAAAGAGAAGGUUCCAGACAAGUAUUUCACCAUUUUACUGGAUUAUCUGCAAGGGCUUCAAGGCGGCGCACGAGAAAUAACCGUGCAGAAAGCUGAAGCUUUUAUGAAAGAAUUUGAUGGUUCUGAUGCAGAAGACCCAAACCUGUUGGAGAAGUGCGAGCGCAUACGACAAGUUCUGCAACUGCUGUCCUGAGGGUAUUUUUGUGUCUUAAUGGUUGUCUGGUGGAGAGAAGGAUAGGAUGUCCUAUACAGAGACUAUA